GCCACCUGGAGAGUAUAUUGUACAAACCAUACCGCGGCGUACCGUCGAUUGUCAACAAUGUCAUGAUUGUACAUGUUGAAGACAGAGUUGACAAACAGCUGCUUUAUAUCUUGGAUAUGAUGGAAUCUAAUUCAUGGAAAACCUAGGAGAGUAGAUACCUUCCAUUCCAAGUGCAGAAAGAUCAACAUGAGAACAAAAUAAGUAUUGUGACAUGCUUGUUAGCUCGUGGGAGUCCGAGGUGAAAGAAUGUCUUCCCCCGUGGAAGGUGCUGACCUCUUGAAAAGUUCAACAGGAACCCACAUCUCGGAGAUUGCCUCACUUGGGAGACCAGUACAUAUACAGGGAACAAUUGAGGUGGAUCAGCCGCCGUGCAUUGAACAGGCCAGUGCAGCUCUUCAACCAGAUGUCGACAACUGUAGUCUACCAGGAGGCAGCCAUCAGCUUGAGGCAUCGUGUAGCCAGACCAGCCAAGAUAGGCAACAAUCAGAAAACAGCAGUGGAAUGUUGCUCCCUGCAUCUUCAAGAACAGAUGCAGCGGUUGCAUCUGACAGGAGAUACGGCAAAAAGAGAAACCGCCCUAGUGAGCCUGAAGAACAAACUUGCAAAAGGACUAGAUUACGCUCAUCACAGCAGAGAGGGAGAGAUCGAGAAGUACAGUCGUAUCAAGCGCGUACAUCCAAACCACACACUAGGAGGGUUAGGUCAGAGAAAGAACCUGUAAAGUGUACAGAAGAAAGUAGUGAAAUAACUAGGAAACAUUCCAGCAUUGCGUUAGAGGGCCAGAGAGAGGUUAUGAUUGGAUCUGUGGGAAGUACCUGUGAAGGUGAUGAGGAAUCCCAUGAGGAGUGUGACAAGGAAGCCAAUGAAGAACAGGUUGAAUGCCCAGCCAGAAAUGAAGAUGGAGACAGAAGAGCAAGGAGAGGCCGGCAGAGACGAGGACGUGGCCAGGGGCGGGGACGUGGCCAGGGGCGGGGACAUGGCCAGGGACGGGGACAAGGGCGUGCCCGAGGACGUGGGCGGGGACGAGGGCGUGGCCGAGGACGUGGGCGGGGACGAGGGCGGGGGCAAAGCCAAUAUGCAAACCGAGCAGAAAGUGAAAGUGAGAAGUCUGAUGAAUCGGCUCAGGAUGCACCCCUACAUGUAGCAAGUAAUCGUAGAGGAGGACGGAGGGGUAGGCGGGGCAGAGGUAGACGAGGGAGAGGAGGCCACAGGCAAUCAGAAAGCAAGGAAUCAGAUGAUUCAGACCAGGACGUUCAACUUAGACACAGUCAAGGACAGAGGGAAGGGCGGGGCAGAAGUGGGAGAAUGAGGGGAGGUGAAAGAAGAACAAAAGUGGAUCUCUCAAGCGACAAUGACGUUGAGGAGAUACCCGACUUUCGGAAAGCAUCCUGCCUGGAUGCUGCUGAUCGAAAGACACAUACGGCACAGAUUGCAUUGUGGGAAGCUCAGUUUCAACAGCUGAGUUACGCCAAGUGCCCUUAUUGCUACUGUAGACGAACCCAGAUGAAGUCCAUCCUCAACCACUUCAAAUUGUGUUCAUCUAAGAGGCCUGAUUGCUACUCCUGUCGUCAUUGCAGUAAGGAAUUCCAGUCGGCAGCGGGGUUGAAGUAUCAUCUGAUGGCUGCACACGGCGACACGAGUAACCAAGCAGGAAGCUCAGAGAAUGCAUCAGAGUCCCCUCAGCCUAACCAUGCAAAUCUCCCCUUAAUGUUGCGCAAGUUGGGCAAACUCACCUGUCGCAACGAAGGCUGUGGCAAGACCUUUACAACCGUAAACGGCUUCCUUUACCAUCGGAACAUAUGUGGCAAAAAAGGCACAGAUGCACAGUUCAAGUGCGAACUAUGUGAUAAAAUGUACCACAGUAAGGCCGGUGUGUCUUAUCACAUGAAGACAUCCCACGCUCCACCUCCUGAGGAGACAGUGCCCUCCAAGACGCCACCAGAGCAGAAGGACGAGGGAGGAGGUAGGAGCAAGCGGAAAGCUGCUCAGAGGGCCUUGUCCUCCAUGCAUGAAUUGACUCAGAAUUUGAUGGAAUCGAGCAAGGAGGGUGAAGGAAGAAGGAAGGACAGAGCCACUAAUGACCACAGACAGAAAACCAAGAAAAAGAAAAGCAGUUUAGAAGACAAGGACUCCGGCAGUGAUGGGGAGUUUACAGAUUGCCAUUUUCAGGAGGACAGCGAAGAUUCAAUUAUCUCUGAGGAUAGUGAUAGUGACGUACCUGUAAUGUCAAGGGAAAGGCGACACGUCAAUUAUAGACACCCUUCAAUCAAAGAACUCAUACCUGUGUUUAUAGAAAUGGCUCACUCAGAGAGGGUUCGUAAGCUUGAUCUGUGCACGAGCAGUGCAUCGUCAGCAGCAGAGGCUAUCAAAGUAGACUGGUCAGCAUGGACUCCACUGUCACAAAGUGAAUCAUCCCCGUACUUGCCACAGGUUCAGGAGUCUGUCCACUUCACAUUGGGAGGCAAGGAGGCUGGACAAGAACCAUCCUCCUUGGCAUUGUUCCAAACCUCCUCAUCUGAAGCAGGGACAGGCCAGAGCUUGAAUCUGUUUGUUGGUGGUCCUGUCUGGAGCAUGGCGUGGUGCCCUCAUCCUGCCGGGGCGACCACUGAGAGUGAAUAUGCCGUUAUUAGCUGUCACCUGUCUCCAAAGGACCACCAUUACGCCACCAAGACGUAUGUUGGGCCAGGGGCUGUGCAGCUCUGGUCAUUCAGUGGACUACAAGAACCACAAUCCCAGCCAAAAUGUCAACUAGUGUGCUGUAUGGCCCAUGAGUAUGGCUGCAUAUGGGACUUGAAGUGGUGCCCUUCGGGCUGUUGGCAAGCCGGGUCGGCCGACCCCUCAGCUCUCAGCAGGCUGGGAAUGCUAGCUCUAGCCUGCUCAGAUGGCAGUGUGCGACUCGUUAACAUCCCGACUGCCGAUUGCGUGGAAAAGCUCACCGAUGCACGUCUUUCUCCGACUGUUUUAAGAAUGCAGCCAUCUGUGACCCUGCGACCUCAGCACCAGGCUCUCUCUGCAACAUAUGGUCAGUGCUGGUGUGUAGACUGGGCACCAGACAGUGGGCAUACCAAAAUUGCUGCUGGAUUUUCCAGAGGUACUGUUGCUGUGUGGGACUUACUCAGCCAAAGUCCUCUACUUCGAGUGUCAGGGCCAGAUGGAGUAUAUGCAUUACCAUACUGUUUGUUUGAGGCCCAUGAUACCAGGGUCGUCAGCCUGUCAUGGUGUCCAUAUGAUGCCAACUUUGUUGCCACAGCUUCAUUUGAUCGCUGUGUCAAGUUCUGGGAUGUACGCACGCCCGAGGUAGCGUUGGCUAGUUAUUUACAUGGUCCGUAUACCAGCUGUAAGUGGAUGAACUACUUCAAUGUUGUUGCUGCCUCCCAUGACUGCUCCAGUGGCAUUCUGAACAGAGCCUCUUGCUACUUCACUGAGGGAAAGGUGACAGAGAUUGGUCAGAAGAGACUCUUCACAUCAAAGAGUACAUGCUGGAAUGUUGAUUACUCGGACUGGUUAAACUCCCUGCUCUUGUGCAGCGACAGCGGAGAUGUCCUUUUCCUCGUACUACCAAAACUGGACAAGUGUGCAAAGAAGGACGAUCGUAAACGGCGAACGUGGCUGGUGUACAGCACAACUAUUCAUCAGGCUUCACCCUCUGCUGAGACUCCUCCAAGUGAGUGCACAGUCGUCACUGCCAGUGUAGGGAGUGUGGCAAAGUCAUCCCGUCCUAGUGGUGAGCUACCGUCCACAUCGAGCCUUUCGGAUGUACAGACAUCACAGCACACCACAGGAUGCAGCACAGCUCCCAACCAACUCUUAGCCGACAGUGCAAAUGCUGAGCAAGUAAAUGACCACGGGAGUACUACUGAGGAAGAACGGACAUCACCGGAGCAAGCCAAGUUUGCAGUUUCAGCUAGUUCAGAUUCACAGUCUGUAGAACCCCACCGGGAUGAGAGUCUCGUUAACCUCCAUCGGAAUGCAAACUCUGUACGCACGCAUACUGGACGAGAGGUGGAACGCAGAGUCCAAGAAGAUGGGCAUCAACCCUCCAAACCACAAAAACUGGACGGUACAGAUGUCCUCACAGAAGACAAUAGAUUGUCCACAAAUCAUGAGACUCACAGAAUGAGGACUGCAGAUGCCGGAGCGUCAUCCAGUGCUGCACAAUUAAUUAACCGUCUUGUCAGUGUGAUUACCACUGCAGAAAAUUGUACAGCACAAAAUGAGCAACAGCGUGGGUUGAUGACUGCUGCAUGCCAAGACCACCAAGACCCUGACGCGAUCCAGCAUCAGGGACCUGAACAUGGUAGGAACCAAGGACCUGAACCUGUCAGGCAUUUGGAACCUGAAACCGUUAUAAAAAAAGAACCUGAAAUGAUUUCACAUGAUACCUGGUGCAGUGUUACCCACAGUGCCACACACUCCAUUCCCGUCAGUUGUGAACCAGUGUCUGAUGCUGUACACAGUGAGCAGCAUUCACCUGUCGCUGAGAGUGGAACAACAUGGAGAAGGCCAACAGCAUCCUCUGCUGACAGUGUCCAUAUCUCUUUCAAAGAUGCACCGAUGGAUGAUUUCAGUAAUGAGGAUUGGUUGAAGGCAAGCCGUGCAGCCAGUUCUGACACCGACACCACGUCGUCGUGUGAUGGCUGUAAUCAGCCUAUGUCUGUAGCAGUCCACAGGGCAUGUUUCAACCCCAACCUGGGCACUCAUACAUGGAUCUUAAGCGGCGGGCAGACUGGCAUCGUCAGGGCUCACAGCCUCAAGGCCUUGCAGUUGAAGACAGCCAUCAAUAAAAUUAGAAACCGUGCAGGAGGGAAAAAUAGUUUGUUUAAUUCAGUCACUUUUAAUUCAAGUAUUUCCUUAUAACUUGUCUAAUUUAUUGCCAGUUUUCACCACAAAUUUUCAUGCGAGCCUGUUUUGCAUCAGGGUACACGACUUAUUGUCUCCUAGACAAAAUGAAGUAUGACAUGUCCAAACAUUGAUUCCGUUACCAGUGCUUUCCACAGAGGUACACAUACAUGUAUGGCACAUGUACAUUCAAAUUUGUCAACCUUUUAGAGGCUACAAAUCGAGCAGACAUCAGUCGUAAUGUUAACCUCCACAAAGUUGCCUACUUCCUAAUCGCGAGUCAUGCUCCAUUUGAGAGUUUCUACAAAUACAGGUCUCGAUUUCGAACUGUAUAUUGAUGCGAUUGGGGCUGAUUAAGGCUGGUUCAUACUUAAGGGGAAUGCAAAUGUGAACCAGAUUUGACGUCAUGUAUUUGUUUGCAGCGAAACUCAUGAGAGUUACAUCCAACUUUUGUAAUUUUCCUGUUCACUUUUGUGCAAAGUACAUAAGCCAGCCUGUAGAAAGUAUGUAUUACAGAGACUAUCCAGAUUGAAAUCCAUUGUCAAACAGCCAAUUACCUUGAUUUGUGUGGUUUUCUAGGUAAUUCGAGUGGUUGUUACUACAGUUACGGAGGAAAAACAUAACAUCAGGCCGUACACAGUCCACUGAAUUGUUUCUAAUGUCCAUAUUAAACCAACUGAGAGGGGUGUCCAAAAGCCAUCUUUGAAUUAUAAUUGAUGACUGUGAAAAUGAACAAAACAGAAUGUACAAAAUGAACCGAGAGGGCAGGACCAAAAUCAUGAGUGCAGAAAAGAAAACUGAAUAGUGCAGUUAGGUAAAGGAAAGCCCAGUAAUGAACAAUGUUGAAAUAUCUCCAUGAAUUUGAAUGCUUGUUGAGGAAUAGGACAGAAUUCUCACUGAAAUUGAGCAAUACAACCAAUAAAGGGUGUCAGAAGCAAAAACUGGACACCAGGAAUUCAUACUGUAACUACCAAGAUUUUCGUGAAGGGUACAGUCGAUAAAGCAGUGUAAAUAGAAUUGUUUGGGGGUAACCCCACAGAAAAAAAAAUUGGAUGAGGUCCACGGACGUGAGCUGGCCAUGUUUUUGGUGAUUAAUGCAAUAGUCCUCGUGUUUGAGAGCUUCCAAACUCUGUCUCUCAAGGUCAAGCUACUAUAAGGAGGUGUCCCCCCAUCCUCCGUCCAGCAUAUCCCAGGGAUGCUUGGUUUUUUUUCCCUUUUCGACCACUUUUCAAGCUUUUACAAGGCUGAUUUAUGCUCUGGACAAGAACAUGAGGAGAGGCAUCUCUGGUUUUCUUUCAAAAACUACAUCCUGUCUGCUCUGGUAAUUUUUUGAAACGUGCAGCAAGAAAAAGCUUUUUUUUUGUCCCAGGUGUUUGAAUAUACACAUCUCUUUGAAUCCGUGUAAAAGUAUCUAUCACAUCCCUGACUGUUUCUCACGAACAAUGUCUGUUGUGGUAUCACUGAUUCAGAUGGUUGAUGUCAGAUGACAGGGGAGAGAAGAUACUUCCAAGUAAAGUCUUACGGAAAAUUUAUUUAUUUGGCACCGAAUUUUUCAAUCUGAAAUCUUGGUUUGCCCAUUUUGGGUAUUUUGCUGUGCAUAUAUAGGAAAAAAUGUUCGAAAGUUAGAAAACGCUAGUUAAAUGACAUACAUGUGAUCUUUUGCUACACAAAGACGGGUAAUUUUCAGUCGGUUCAACACAUUGGAAGUUUUUCACGGAAUGUUUCAAUCUGCUGACUUUAAGUCUAGUCAAGUACUUGGUUACAAUGGAGGAAGUGUAAUGUAACGAGAAGGGUUAACAGUAAUUUGUAGGGAUUUGGACAGGAAAAAACAUGGGCUUGCCUUUCCUCCUAAAGUGUUGAAUUUAACACUUUCUCAGCAUGUGAUCGAUCUUUUUCACACGUUCUAUGAUUUUCACCUCAAGUCUAUCAUUGGUUUUACUUAAAUACACCUCACUCGUAAAUCCCCUCAGGGCUCAAAUGGUUUAAAUGAAGGCCAUGCAUUUACUGACAGGAAAUUAGUGUCACCUUUUCCCUCUGUACUGUCUUCCCCUUAUAUCGUUAACUCUUUCUGUGGGCACUGUUGAAUUCCGGUCAGAGAUUUGUUUAACUCAUCAUUUACAAGAAUUGGGCGUUUAUACAUUGUCACGUAUCAUCAAAGUUAUUUGUCAGCAGAGCUAUGGUUCGACUUUGUUUAUGUUGGAUAUGGCUACCAGCAGAAUGGUGGAAAUUUAAUUCACAGGUCAUUUGGCUUUUUGUGAUUAGUGGGUUUACAUGAAGUUACAAUCACAUUCUUAUGAAUGAUUGCCUGCUGCAUGCUUGAAACCUUAGUACAUGUGUUUGUAACUUGUAUUUUGUUUUAAUUACAAUUUCAUAUUAAUGUAUAAAGAUAUCGUUUUUUAUUUAGCAAAUAAAUUAUUUUGUUUAUGAGAUGCCUCGUUAUCUGCA